AUGAAAUCUAUUCCUCCUGCCAAUUUAUGCACAACAGACUUCCUAAUUGGUGACCUCAAAGCCCCACAAUAUGCUGCCGGCUUGACACCAAAAGAACUCCAAUAUGCUGCAAAUAUGAUUCUUGCCCAAAAUGCUGGUGCUUUAGUUCUUUUUGACCAAGUUUCCAAAGAAUCAAAGAAGAUUCAUGCUUUCCUCAGUGCCUUCCUUACAGAAACACCAAUCGAAAAGCUCAGAAACGCAGAACAAAACUCACCUCUCUUCUACUUGUUAGAAUUUGCAUGCGCAUUCUAUUACAACUCAGGAAACUAUCUCGGCUUUGGUGAUACAAAGUUUGUACCACGUUUAACAAAGGAACAACUCCGCGAAAUCGUUAAAGAGAACGCCCACGUUUCCAAACUCCUCGACGAAUGCAUUGAAGACAUCUACGACGUCUCCGGUCCAAAGUCACAGCUUGGAUUUAACCCAGAUGGAUGCACAGUCUACUAUCAACCAGAUGAUUUCACACAGAGUGAAGCAGAAGGCAUCGAUCAGGUUCUCAAGGCUGCAGGCGUAAGAAUUGAGAACACAGCAAUCAUCCGUCAUGCUGAUAAAUACGAAGUUUCAGUUGCAUCAAUCGAAGUCGACGAAAAAGGCCAAAAGGUCGGAACAUACAACGGAAAGGAUGUUUACGUUACAAAGGGACGCUCCUCAGAAGCUCUCAAGAAGGUUGUUAAGCACCUCAACGAAGCAUUGAAGAACGUAGCUAACGAUACACAGGCAGAGAUGAUCAAAUGCCUUAUCGAACACUUCACAACCGGUUCCGUGGCCGCCCAUGUCAAAUACAGUGAGCAUUGGGUCAAAGAUGUCGAUCCAGUUGUAGAAACACAUACAGGCUUCAUUGAGAACUACCGCGAUCCAAAGGGAUGCCGCUGCGAGUUCGAAGGCUUUGUUUCAUGCGUCGACAAGAACGAAUCCGUCGCUCUUCAUAAUUUUGUCGAUUCAUCAGCAACAAUCCUCAAAUUAUUACCAUAUCCAAAGGAAUACGAGCGUGCUACAUUCAAUCCACCAUCAUACAACGCAUUAAACAUCUUACAAAUGACAUCUACAGGAUAUCCGAUCGGAAUUAACAUUCCAAACUACGACGAAAUCCGCUUAAACGUCGGAUUCAAGAACGUCACCCUUUCCAACGUUCUCUCCUCCGUCGCUGUCCAGAAGAGUGUCUUAGGUAUCCUCGAUCCUUCAAUCCGCGACGUAUUUUCAGAGUACUGCGAGCAAGUUGAGUCUCUCGCUGUUGCCGCUGUUGCCGCCCACGAACUCUACGGCCACGGCAGCGGUCGCCUUCUCAAGCAGAAGGACAUUGAAGGAGGUAAAGUAGAUGAUCUUCUCAACCCAGGCCGUAAAGUCGAAACUUGCUGGCCAGAAGAUGGCACAUCCUUCGAUCAGAUGUUUGGCGCUUGCUCAUCAGCUUACGAGGAAUGCCGUGCUGACACAACAGCUGUUUACCUCGCUUUCUUCGAUGAAGUUCUCGAUAUUUUCAAUGUGGCCAAAGAUAAAAGUGUCAGGAGGAACUUCCUCUUUGUCACCAUUGUCAAGAUGCUUGUUGCAGGUCUCUGCUCGAUGUGGUGCUACUCCGCAGAGGCUCAGAGGUGGACACAGGCACACUCCGCUGCAAGAUUCGCCAUCCUCAGAGCUUGCAUCAUGUGGGGCCGCGGUGCUGCAGAGGUUAAGAAGCUUCCUGAUGGCGGAUACCAGCUCUUCGUCGAUAUCAACAAGCUCGACGGAAUCCAGGACGCAAUCACAAGGCUCCUCAAGCACCUCACUUACUACAAGUCAACAUGUCUUCCUGGCCCAGGAGCAGAGUUCUUCGCAGCGAUGACAGCUAUCGAUGACAGAUGGAUGGCAGUGAAGAAGUUCAUCGACGCACCGCCAGGGAAGAAACCUGCUUACUGCGGUGGCGUCGUUCGCGGUGAAGCUGGCAAUUACAAGAUUGAAUCUGUUGUCCAAGACAAGGCAACACCACUCGAUGUCGCUCUUACAUUUGUUGAGAAUAUUAACCGUGCUUCUCAGUAA